GCCGAACUACAGAAACCAUACUUACAGGUACAUGUGACAGCACUGCAGCUAUGAGUGGAAUUUUAAGGGGGAAGUGUGAAGAAGUUGACAGCUCCUCACUCUGUUCCUCUGCGAAGGAAUCAGAUGAUGAAGUUUUUAGCUGUGACAGUGCUGACAGUGUUGAUAGUGUCUAUCCGUCCACUUCUAAUCAUUUCACUGGAAAAAAUAAGGAGCUAUCAACAGACUGAAAAGAUGUUUUCAGAGGCAUAGAAGUCUUCAGGAAGACACUGGAGUUCGUGAGAUCUCAAGGUACAUGUGACAGUGCUGCAGCUAUGAGUGGAAUUUUAAAGAGGAAGUUUGAAGAAGUUGACGGCUCCUCACCCUGCUCCUCCGUGCGGGAAUCAGACGAUGAAGUGUCCAGCAGCGAAAGUGCUGACAGCGGGGACAGUGUCAACCCGUCCACCUCUAAUCAUUUUCCCCCUUCCUCCAUUCUCAAAAGGGAGAAGCGGCUGAGGACAAAGAAUGUGCAUUUCAGUUGUGUCACCGUGUACUAUUUCACCAGGAGGCAAGGCUUCACGAGCGUGCCCAGCCAAGGGGGCAGCACCCUGGGCAUGUCCAGCCGCCACAACAGCGUGCGCCAGUACACUCUCGGCGAAUUUGCCAGAGAGCAGGAGAGACUCCACCGAGAGAUGUUACGAGAACACCUCAGGGAGGAAAAGCUGAACUCUUUAAAACUAAAGAUGACCAAGAAUGGCACAGUGGAAUCUGAAGAAGCUGGCACUCUUACAGUGGAUGACAUUUCUGAUGAUGAUAUUGACUUAGACAACACAGAGGUAGAUGAGUACUUCUUCCUACAACCUCUGCCGACAAAGAAACGAAGAGCACUGCUGCGGGCCUCUGGAGUGAAAAAGAUUGAUGUUGAAGAAAAGCAUGAGCUGCGAGCAAUCCGUCUCUCGAGAGAGGACUGUGGCUGUGACUGCCGUGUGUUCUGUGAUCCAGAAACAUGCACCUGCAGCCUGGCAGGCAUCAAGUGUCAGGUGGAUCGAAUGUCUUUCCCAUGUGGCUGCACUAAAGAAGGAUGUAGUAACACAGCAGGUAGAAUUGAAUUUAAUCCUAUCCGAGUCCGGACCCACUUUUUGCACACAAUAAUGAAACUUGAACUGGAGAAAAACCGAGAGCAGCAAAUCCCCACGCUGAAUGGCUGCCAUGGUGAGAUAAGUGCUCACAGUAGUUCCAUGGGCCCUGUCGCUCACUCCGUAGAAUAUUCUAUCGCAGACAAUUUUGAGAUUGAAACUGACCCCCAGGCUGCAGUGCUGCACCUGCAGUCUGCUGAGGAAUUAGAUUGCCAAGGAGAAGAGGAGGAAGAGGAGGAGGAUGAUGGGAGUAGUUUCUGCAGUGGAGUCACCGAUUCUAGCACUCAGAGCUUGGCACCUAGUGAGUCAGAUGAGGAGGAGGAAGAGGAAGAGGAGGAAGAGGAAGAGGAGGAGGAGGAUGACGAGAAAGGGGACAGUUUUGUGGAAGGCUUGGGUACACAUGCUGAAGUUGUCCCUCUUCCUUCCGUCCUUUGUUAUUCUGAUGGCACCGCCGUUCACGAAAGCCACACGAAAAAUGCUUCUUUUUAUGCCAACUCUUCAACUCUGUAUUACCAAAUAGACAGCCACAUUCCUGGAACUCCUAACCAGAUCUCUGAGAACUAUGCUGAAAGAGAAACUGUCAAAAAUGGUACCCUCUCGCUGGUGCCUUACACCAUGACCCCGGAGCAGUUUGUUGACUAUGCCCGACAAGCGGAAGAGGCCUACGGCACGUCCCAUUACCCAGCUGCCAACCCCUCUGUCAUCGUUUGCUGUUCCUCUUCAGAAAAUGACAGUGGUGUGCCCUGCAAUAGCUUAUAUCCCGAACACAGGUCCAAUCAUCCUCAAAUGGAAUUUCACUCAUACUUGAAAGGCCCCUCUCAGGAAGGGUUUGUGUCUACAUUACAUGGUGACAGUCACAUUUCAGAGCAUUCUGCUGAAAAUUCUUUGAGCCUUGCGGAAAAGAGCAGAUUGCACGAAGAGUGCAUCAAGUCACCUGUGGUUGAGACUGUCCCUGUCUAGGAUCUUAAGUUAUUCUAGGACCUGCUCUUCUAUUUAAAACACUGUAUUUAAUUGGAUUUCCUGGGCUCAUGGUUGUGUAAACUGAGGACCAAGAAAACUUGGACUGAAUCUUCCAGACUGUAUUUUGUUUUCUCCUUUCUAGCUGCGUGUCUGUGGCAUUGCACAAAUGCAGUCUCUAUGAGGAUUUUAAAAGAUUUCAGACUGUUUUGAUAGAAAAUGCUAAUUUUAAAAAAGCAUAUCUCACAAUUGCCUACCUGUCAAACUGUGUGAAACCUGCCAAGUUGUGUAGAUCAGAGCUCCAAGUUUUGGAUUAUCGGGCCUGUGCAAAAUUGUUAACUAAGACUGGGAAUUAAUAAGAUUUAGAGUCCUACUUUUCGAUAUUAUCUGAAGAUGAUGGUGACUUUUUAAAUGUAAAAGUAAUUAUUGUAAGAAAAAGAUUUCAUCGUUCCAUGUGUAUUUUAUUUAUGGUAGUUAGAAGUCAUGUUUGAUGAAAAUGAACAGCAGCAUGUUCUUUUAAGCUGAAGACACAUAGUUAGGACCACCGAGCAUGCCCCCAUGGAUUGCAUCUGGAAUCCAUUCACGUUUUUAUGAUCAUAACUGAUCAGAUUUGCAAAUACUUUCUUAAGGGUGAAAUAGGCCUAUUUUUGCUAUUUCGGACAAAUAAAUGAAUCUAUAUGUGCAGGUCCUUACACAGUUUUCUCUAAAAUUAAGAGUUAGGACAAUCCUUUGGUGAGGGUCUAGUUCAUUGCCCUCCUUCAGUUGACUCCAGAGAUGGAGGUAGAAGGAAUUGCCUUUCUUUUUUAAACAGCAUCAUCUCGGUUCUUAGCUUGGACAGCACCUUUAAACUCUACUCCCCUACAUCAAAAUGCACUUUAGUGCCCCUUCAUGGUAACUUGUGAGGGGUGGGGACUGAGAAAUCUUUGAGAUGAAAAAUUUAAAAAAAAAUUUUUAAAUCUGUAUCUAGUAUAAGGUUCAUAUAAUUAAUGCAGAGGAAUCAUCCAGUGAUACUUUAUGAAGGAAAAGUGACCUGUUUUCCUUCACCACUCUGAAGACCUAACUCGGUGAGAGCAGAGGAGGAGGCUGAGGAACAUGGAAGAGACACAGUCUCAGCAACCAGCCUUUUCUACAGCAGGAUCAAUCCAUCUCUACAAAGUGAGUGUGUGAGAUUUCCAUUUAGCGACCAGCUGAUUGAAGGGGGGCCUCUACCCAGAUACUCAACUAGGCCUUACUUUUCUGAAGCAUUUCGAUUUAUCUUGCCUGGGACAUUUAGCAGAACAGUCCAGAAUGCAUUGAAUGCUCUCUAAUUACCUCACGUUCUCUGUUAAAGGGGACAGAUAGAAACAAAACAUGCACUCCCCACCUUUAGGUUAUCUGCACUUGGUUUGUCGGAGGACUUCUAAGUUCCCAUGUUCCUGUAAAUUAAUUUAGGUAACUAAAUAGUGUGUUUUAUCUUCCUUUUUCAAUACAAUAUGACUAUGCUAAAUCUUUUUUCCUAUUUUUGACCUGUUGUUAUAUCAUUUCACAUUUUAUGCCUCUUUGAAAUGUGGACAUGCCUUGCUAUUCAGUGACUGCAUUGCUACUUAUUUUUUAUGUUUCUUAGACUUGGAUGUUUAGCAAUAUAGAUAUAAAUAUAUCAUAGACUUCAGUUCCUUACAAAAAUACUACUUUCUUUAACUGAACUUAGAAAUGAUCCAUCUAAAGAAAGUCCUCCAUUGGAAAAGUUUCUACUAAAACUUGGGGAAAUGUGUUUACGCGGCAGCUCCCCCACUGUGCAGUGUGUUCCUGCCCCUUCUCUGCCCCAUCACUGGGCCAAAUUGAUAACUGUUACUAUUAGCAUUAAAGGAUCUGUGGGUUUGUCCUUACGGAGGUAGCAAUAAUGAGGGCAGGGACAUUCCUUUUGAAAGAUAAGCCCUUUGGGCAAAUGAGAUUGGGGUUUUGCUCAAAUCUCAGUAGUAUAUCUGGUAUUGUCUACAAAGUUACAGGUUUUAGUGCUUAUCUCCAAAAAUUUUCUCCCUAUCCACACAAUCUAAAGAGCACAGGCCCAAAGAGAAAAAUAAUGAAAGGCUAUUGUUCUUUAUUUAAGCACAGGAAAGAAUCGUGUGUGCCAUAUUUGCUGGACCGUUACAAACAACUGAAGUAUUUACAAGUGGAGCGUGUAGCUUCUUCUUGGAACACAGAGCACGGCAGAGUGGGGAAAAGGUGGCUCUGGUUGGAGCAGAGUUGAUGGGUAGAAUGUCAGUCCAGUUUCGGAAAGGAUAGAUAUUUAGUUCAGUUCAGCUUCAUUUUCCAAAGAAGGCUGACGCCUACUUGUUUAUGUUUGGCUGGUCUCUGUUUUGUAGCUUCAUUUCCUAAAGGAUGCUUAACCCAGAAACAGGCAGACAGACAGACAGACAAAAAACCCAGAGCAUAUGUCCCUGUCUGCCCGACUGGGGAUAAAAGUCACUGCUACAUAGAAACAUUAACCUUCCAACCAAGACAGCUUCCAUUCCAAAGUUUCAUAUACCUAAUCUAACCCCUAAACAUUUCCUACAAACUGCAUACGCAGGUCACCUGUUAAAACACGCCCAUAUACCAUGCAUGCACAUAAACACACACACACACACACACACACACACACACACACACACACACAAAUAGAUGUAUACCACUCACUGGAGAAUGACAGAUUUUUAUGCAAUGGCCAAUAAUAAGUACUGAAUUUUUCCUACCUUAGAAUCUGGUUGGGUUUUAUAACCUAAAAAUGUGGUCUAGAAAAGAGUAUAAUUUUUAAAGCCAUACAUAAUUUGAAAAUAUUGGGUCAAAGUUGCAAAUAACACUAAUGGUGGCAUCAUGUCAUUGUUAUUUCCUUUCCCAGAAAAGCUGAGAAAGCACAGUGUUCCAUCUGACUUUUUUUCCCCAUUAAUAGCCCUUCUAUUCAAAAAAAUACUGCCCACAUGCCAGGAAAGCACUACAGUUUUUCUAAGCUUUUUAAAAUGGGGAUCAAGCUAGAUGCAGCCAGUCAGAACACUUAAGAUCUUUAUACCAAGACACAAUGACCGGACCUGCUGCUCUUGCAGUGCCGCUGUAGUGUAUCUAACCAAAUUAUGGUCUUUUUUGACACACAGCUCUUCAGUUAUUCACUCUCAAUGGCAAAGCUUCCUGCUUUAGUCCCUGUUGUUUUAGCACCAGCCCUCUACCUUUUAUUGGAGCUUAAUUCCCAGUUAGAAUCCAGGCCAAAUUGAUUUGCAAGUCAAGAGGCCGGAGCAAUGUGCAUUUCCUUUGUCAUUCUAGGUUUCCUUUGGGAAAAGGAAGUCAAUGAAAGAGGUUUACUUAAGGUCCUGCCACCCCCUCCUCACCUCCAGAACAUUGAUUAUUAAGACUUAAGUAAAAUCUGUUUGUCUCAUGUUUUUUGGUUAAUUGACUACUAUAGUUACAUUUUGAAAGAAAUUUUUUUCUUUGUGGUGAAACUCUAUUUUCCUAUUGUGCCAGCCACAUAUAAAAUGUGGAAUUAACAUUUAUUAGAAUGAUAAAAUCUUGAUAAUUAUAUAUAACUCAGCAAUAAACAACUAUGAGUUACAAAUUAAUCGAGAAGCAAAGAGAUUAUAGAUAAUUAUGUUCUUUAAAAUUUUACAUUCAGAUGACUUCUGAACAAAAUUCUGGUUUGGUUAUCAUGAAACAGAAAAUACGAUUUUUUUAUAUAUUUCUGGUUCUUUGAUUAAACUUCUGAUAUUGUUGUACAAGUUAUAACACUUUGGUUGUAAUAUCUAGAAUUUAUUAAGUAACAAUCCUUUCUUCCAACAAAUAUUUAUUGAACACCUACUAUGUUAGAGGAACUUUCCUAGGUGGUAAAAAUGUGGGGGGUGGGGGGACGCUCAAAUUUCUAAGGGAUUACAAUGAUGAAGACUGGCAUGGAAUAAUCAAGCCUCAUUAUAAUCCUUUUAAUUUGUGAUUUUAUAAAGUGAUAUUAGAAAGUGUGACAUCAGUUCUUGUCUAACUAUAUGCAAACUGCUGCUAAAAGGAUACUUCUUUUUUUUCUAAAUUAAUGUGACUUCCUGUAUCCUCCUCCUUUCCUCUGCCCCAUCUGAAAUUUAUGAAUUAAAUCUGGACCCAGCUAGAAUAACUGAAUCUAACGAAAAAGAGAUUUUUCAGCUAAUUGCUUCUUCAGUGUGAGACCUAUAUAAGUGAUGCUAAAUUUACACCAGCAGUCUCCUACCAGACAAUUUCAAAGGCUGGUUGACUCAUGCAUAACCCAGGAAACAUUUCAGGAAACCUUUGUAACAACAAUGGGAAACACAGUCACUCUUCUAUUUAUAAACAGCCUAUCAAAAGUAGCAAAACCCUAGUUCCAAGUUUCAAAGGCAUUGCCUUGCAGCCUGUAGAAAACAGAAGAGGUCAUUCUGCCCUCUCGCUUAGCUGGGGUUACAAACCAUCAAAUUAGCGGGUGGAAAAUUGACAUCCUCAGAAGUCAACAGGAGACUGCCUAUUUAAAAGGUGGCACAAAGCCUUCCAUUUCUUCAAAUAUGACUUAAUCUUUCCCUUUCAAAUGGCAUCUGCUCCUUAUUCUCGCACAGAGAGCUCAGAGUGUUAUUAUUGUAGUCGGUAUAUAACAUACCAACCUUAAAAGGAAAGCACUGGCAUGUUUUCAAAGGCAAGAUUUUACUGUCAUUGAAGCCAGAGCUCUUUAGAUCCUUAACACAACCAAUGUCAAAAGUUUAAAGUCUUAAUCAUUCUUAAUUCUAACACAGAUUUGUGACUACUGGUUACAUUAUUCUGUCUGAGAGGUGCUCAUUUGGGCUAGAGUAACUUAAAUGCCUAAGCCUAAUGCUCCAGCUUUGCACAAAUAGCACAACUUAUCAGAUGUUUUCUAUAGCAUUAAAUAAUUUAAUUGACUAACUUUAACUGAGUAUCUGCAACUUGAAACCUCACUAUAAUUAUGGAAAUGUCAGGGUGGGGUGAGGUUGGGAUAUAAGCUUAAAAAGUGACGGUGUCUUCCUUAGAACCGUUAAGUUUCAGCAGAGCUGAAAAACUAUAAUUUGAUUAUAGGAGGAAAUAGUAGAUUCACAAAUGGCAGUCCAAAUCCUAGAAGAGGCGGUCACAGCGUGGACAUCCUCGCAGCCCUGCGGGUGCUCACAAUCAGCUGCCCACUGUGGCACCAGUUACCCCUUACUAUCUAAAAAUCAUUUGAUGCUUAAAAAAAUAAAAUAAAAACAGCUGUAACAAGCUGAAAAAAACUAUUUUUAAGAUUUAAACCUAAUUUAUAUUACAAUGACUGAUGGACUAUUGUCAGAAGUAAUAAAUAUGGAAAUAAAGGAGCUCUUUAAUAUUUACCUGCCAAUCUGUAUAUUAGAUGUGACUCUUAAAAAAAAACAGUCACUUCUAAGUUUGACUUUAACUUUUUUCCUGUCUUUCAACCCAGACCAUGAGAUGCCCCUUCCUAACCAAUGCUGGUGCUUUGUUUUGUUUUCUUUGUUAUCAAAAUUCAAACUGAAAAGUUUUAUAUGAGCUGGAUUUUACCUAGCAGGCAGUCCUGGGUUAGCCUAACUCUGUACCAGUCUGGAGAGCAAACACCACGGCCUGGGUUUUGAAUCCUGACAGUGGUGACUCAAAAAGAACGGCGGAAGCGGGAAGGUGUGUACAACCAGAUCUGAAGCCUAAACCAGUCCACGUGCUACACGCGAUUUGUAUCAUCUAAUUAACUGUAGCCUGGAAUUUAGUAAAUACAGAUGCUUCUUACAUUCAUGGAAAAUGGGGUGAUUUCAAAGAUUUGAGUCACGUUGACUACUUUUGCUUAUGAUACAUACAUAGAUCACUAUACAGGGUAAUUUUUUAUUUGGUAUUUUACACUUAUAAUUCAAAAGAAGCCAACUCUAGCAUGUCACUUUAUUACAUCUCAUAAAAAUUUCUGGCAGAACUAAAGUUUCAAAAAUAUGAUAGAAUUUAUUUUGGACAACAUUUGUGUUCAAUAUGCUAAUGAUGCCAUUCCUCCCUUUGCAUUGCUCAUUACCAUGGUGAUAGUCCAGUCAGUUCAAUAACUUUCAUUUUAGUGAUGUGUGAGGUCAGUUAAAUAUUUUUAAGAUAAUGUAUAUUGAUUAGAAGAAUUUAAGAGAAGACAAAUUUAUGGUAGAAAUUAAUCUUUCCUUUGUCUAAGUUAGUUUAUGGGACCUAAUUGAUUUCCACUGUAAUUUUGAAAUAGCUUGUUAAGUAUACCUCUUUUUUCUUAUUUUGGCUUUCUCCUGAUAUUUUCUUUAAUCUGGCUUAGGAGUAUCUUAAAAGACAUUUAUUAAUGAAUAUUUGGAAGAAAGUUGAAUUGGAAAAUAUCUCUAUAAAAAUUAUCUAGGGAUUUCUGUCACCAGAGAUCUUCAUCAAGUCCUAGUGCCACUCUGAGUCCACACCAGAGACCCCGUCCCGGAGGUCUGGCUUCCUGAUUAAAAAAAAAUGACUCCACAAGUCCCCUAAGAAAUUAGAGUUUGAGAUUUUUAACUGCAUAGCAAAAUCAUCCAAUUUUGUUUUGCUCAUUUUUAUGUUGGCAACUAAGCUUAUCUCCUUAGCCAUAAAUAAGCCGGCCAUGUUUAAAACAAAUUCAAAGAUCUAUGUAUCAUUUUGAAAUUUUACUUAAAUAUAAAAGAGAAGGAAGAAGUGAAAUGGAAUCCAUAUCUGAGUUCUUCUGAGCAGGAGAAACUUAAAUACCUAACUUGUCUGAGGUUAGUUUUAUGUUUGUUUUUAGUUUGAGGGUUUUUUUUUACUUAUUUAUUUGUUGAUCCGUAGGUGGUUUAAUAAUACCAAAAGUAUAUCAGAACUUGAUAGACUUUAAAUUUUAGUAGUUAGCAAAGUCAUUUCCUUAAUACUAUAAUCAAAUAGGGUCCACUGUCAAAGGUUACUGUCUGAAUCUUGAUUCAUUAGGCACUAGUCAUGCCAAACCGUAUCUCAGAAUAGUUCAAUUUUUUCAAAGAUACUCACAAUGGCCAACUGUGUGAACAAGGGAAAACUUGGGAUUUUUCUGUAUUCUCUGAACGUUAUAGUCGUGAGACUAGUAGAGAUCUCCAGAGGUCAUCUGGCUCAUCCAUCUACCUCCAGGGAGGAUUGUCGCUCAGGCAUGCCCAACGGGAUAGCUACCCAUCUAUUCUUCACAUCUCUAGGGAAAGCGGUUUCCUUGGCAACACAAUCCAGAUCUCUUAGGUUUUUCUCACAAUAAGAAAAUAUCUUGGCCAGUUGUUGUGAGCUAGGCACCUGGCAACAGUUGUGGUGAUUUGGGCCAUUGUACUGAGAGACAUAAAGUUGGGUUUCCCCUACCUUUGAUAAUUGUUAUAUUUAAUGAUCCUAUAAGUCUCCUAAGAAAUUAGUUUUUAAAAAUAAAGAUAUGGGUAUUGAGACAAUGCCUAGUAACAUGACUUGCUCUUAACAAAUAAUGACUUUAGUUGGAGUUUUUAUUUUGUUUUUGUUUUGUUUUAUCUGUGGUGUCAGGAGACAAUUUCAGGAAAAGUGACUUUCUGAGAAGUUAAAGUUUUUAAAAAAGCAUUUUUAACUUCUUCUAAAUAAAUACUUUCUCAUUCAUGUUUCUUUACCCUAAAAUGACAAAUGAGAAAUUCAAGUUUUCCCCUUCUAGGGAAGUUGGGACUAGCUGUGGAGAGUCUGAUGUGGAAUAAAAUUACCCCAGAGAAUUACUUGCCCACCAUUUGAUCCCAGCCUUUGUCUCCAUGUUACUUAAAUAAUAGCUGCUUGCCUUCUCAAGGAGCAGCAAAAUGAUUUAAAAUGUGUCACCCUGACAAGGCCUGAAAACGAAUGGAGGCGUCCAGGAGGGCAGUGAUUUUUUCUGAUUACAUCACUUGACCCAAUCACUGCCUGCAGCUUUCAAAAAAAUGUUUGGAUUUUUUUUUUUCUGUUUGAUUAGUUGCUUCCAACUCAGAGUCUGAACUAACCUGAAGAUGAGGAACACCCCUGAAAUGUUUCCUUUCUCCAUGGGAUUUUUAAAAUCUAAGUACAGCUGCUUAUCUUCCCAACUCGUAUGCUCUUGUAAAAUGACAGCCACAUCAGCGUGGUUGACCACCAUAAAUAACACAAAGGGAAAUAACCUUUCUUGCUUUAAAAAAAGCUAUAGAAUCUUCUGUAAAGAAUGUUGAAUCAUUUGGCCCACGUUUUAAUUGACUUUAGGCACCUCUAUGGAAGUAAGUCUAAGGUGUAGUUCGUGAAACAUGUUUCAAAAGUGUUUGAUGUAAAAUAAACGCUAGACAUUUACAGUACAGAAAUAGUUUUAAAAAAUUUAAAGCCUGUAGAUGAUGACUCUGUUCCUAAGAACCUCCGCCUUUAUUGUGUCUUAGUAAAGUUGAUAUGCUUUCAUUUUAGUUUAUUGCCUUUCUGGUGUAAUAAUAGCCUCUUAAGAUAGUACUAUUAAUACAUAUGUACUGGUUAUGCCUGUUAAUGCAGAAAAUGGCACUUUGUUAUUUCAAUGUGUUUCCCUCAAUGUCACAGGGUAUAUCAAUUUGAUAGGAAAAGGUCAUUUGACAUUGGUCAAAAAUGCAUUUCCCCAUUUAAAAUGUAUGUGUAUAAUCAGUUGCAUAGACAAACGUAACCUUUUGCAGUAUCUUUAUCUUGAUCACAAUUUUAGACAUUGACUGUGUCUCCACUUCCCAGCUGCCAUAGAAAUUUGAUGCAUUUGCAAAUUCUGGUGAAAUCUAGUGAGCUGAAUGUAAUGGUGGAUCGAAUGAUCCAGAGCACUUGGUUGUUAUCUUCCAGUCUAUGUUGAACCAUUUGGACAUUGGGAAUGGGCUUUACACAAGGGAAGUCUUUUGAGAUUGUUUUGUUUUGCUUUAUUCUUAUUUGUUUUUACUGUGGACAAAAAAGUAAUUUAAAAAUUCAGAUCAACUCACUGUAACAUUUUUGACAUUGUGAUUGGUUUCAUCUUUUAGUUGAUUUCUGCUAUUAUGUUUACUCAAUUUCAAUAGUAAUUUAAUCACAUAGAAAGGUCAGAAGAGGAGAAAAUCAGACUAUAAUUCAUACACAGAAUCACUCACUGUACACUAAGAUGUCAUGUUGAAUGUCACACAAUUUCUAGACUGAUUUCUCUUGUGUAUAAGUUAUAACAUCAAAGAUGCCAAAGGGUAUAUGAAAUAAGCUACAAUAAUUUUGACAGAACCUGGACCUUAUGUUGUAAUAAUUUAUUCAUAUUAGCUGUAAUCUUCUGUAUUUAUAUUUUUCAGUAUUUAUUAUGAAUGACAUGGAAAUUUGUGUAUUUAUUGUGGCUUUUUAUUGCAGUGUGUAUAUAUAUACAUAUAUUACAAAUAAGCAUUUUUAAGUCUUAUCCUUAAGUUUCUUUUAUUAGUGGCACUUGUACUGUGCUGUACUUUUUAUUAUAUAUUGUACAAUAUCUUGUCCAUUUGUUUG